CGUGCAUGUUAGAAUCACCCGACGUUUUAAUAGUACUAAGGGAUUCACGUUGAUUUUAUUCUGUAAGAAACACAAUAUCAAAGUGGCAAAUUGUGCUUUGUUUAAGCGAAUAGGAUAUAAAAGACGAGACCGUUUUACCUCUUCGCCUGUGUAAGUGGACUCGCCCAGCUCGUUGACGUUCAUGGGAGUUGGUGCUGCGCAAAGGAACGCAUCUACGACAUGUUGCUGAGCAACGACAUUUACAAGCGGCAAAAAACGGCGACAGAAUCUGAUGCAGCAUGAGCCACGUGUGUGGCAAGGCUUCAUCAGACAAAGAAAAGAUCUCAAAUGUCUUCAACAAGCAAGUACAAACAAAAGAUAAAAAAACAUUGCUUAGUAAAUAGAUUAACUGCUGACUGCAAAUGUUUAAAACAUACUAAGACAGAUGGGUAUCACAAAAUGAAACGACUGAUGAGUCGCAAGGAGAGGAGUCAGAUGAGAGGUGGUGGGAAAGAAGCCUCACAAUCCAAAUCACAUCAUCAGCACCGCCGCCGCCAAAACAGUAAAGACAUGGCGUUUUUCCAGAACUGCUGUCAUAGUGGCUGUCAUUGUCCUUCAAGGAGAGAUGCACCAUUUCCAAACGUUGUUCCUGCUGCACAAGAGCCCAGCAUAAUCACAGACAGCCGCCUGAUAGGACACCAUGGCCUGUUCAACCAUGAGGUGAAGUCUAUCGACAUUGAGCGCUUCUUAAGUGAGCAGAGAAAACGGGAGAAAAGUGGACAGCAAGUACAACAAAAGAAGAAUGCCACUUCACAUCCAUCUUCAGCAUCUUACAUUCCUUCUCCAUUCUCCACUAAUGAUUUGUUUGGUGCUGGUACUGAUGAGGUCCUGCCAUUAGAAAAAAAAACAGCCCUUGAUGAUACCCAGAAGGAAGAGAAGAAAAUCAGUCAGGGAUCAGAUAUUACACCAGGGCAGAGACCACAGCAACAUCCUGGUCAUUCAUCUGAAAGUUUGAAAAGCAUCUCUUCAUCGAAACACAGCUCCCUCCAUGUAGAGAUACUUAAGAGCAAGAAGACCACCCCUGUUGUGUCUGAAAAGAGCAGAAAGUUACAGCUGACAUCCACUGCUGUGAGAGAAAAAGUGAAGACAUCAAACAGGAAGGUAAAGAGACUUUCUACUCUGGAGCACACUCCAAAGAUCCAGCGUUCAGAGUCUCCCAUCCACCAAAUACAAGAUCAUGAUCUGAGUCCAAGCCCGAUUCAGGUCUCAAGCUCACACAGCGCCAACAGCUUUGACAUUCAGCACAGAAGGCGAGAUCCAGAGUGUAUAUCGAAGUCUGUCAGUGCAGUGGCAGCAGGUUUGUGUGACUGUUUGCAGUUCCCACUCCUGAGGAGGAGAAACCUAGUGGCAGAGAGCAGGGAGGUGUUGUUGAAAGCUCUACGGGAGAGGCAUGGACCCCAGCUUCAGGAGAACCUCCUUGAGGUGCAGCGAUGUCUCAGUUUUGGUGUAGAUCCAGCAAAGAAAGUCCAGGAUCAGGAACCAACCAUGAUAGAAGAGCUCUCGUCUUCAGAUCCAUUCACAACUGUUUUCCAUACUAACACUGCCAGCCAGCCAUGUUUUGACACCCAAACAACCACAUCUUUCAGAAUGACAGGAAGUAAGUAUUUUAACUGGAAGUCCAGACCACAGCCACACCAAAACCUGGAACAGACCCCUGAGUGGUUGACAAGCCCUGUGGAAACAUCUGUCAACAUUUUGGAUGAUAUCCUCAGACCUACGGAGUUCUGCAUGGACUUUGAGCCCUCAGGAGUUACAGCCAGUGAUCAAUUGUUGUCUCCCACCGCAUGCUGGGGAGAAAGAGGCUCUGCAUCUCAGCACCGGGAAGACAGUUUAAACAGGCAAAGGGGCAAAGAGGCUGUUAUGUUGGAUUCCUUUGAAAACGGUUUCAUGAACUUCGCCAGAGCAGCUCCAGAGAGGAGCAGUGGGUCUCAGUUCAAUGGCAGCAACAUCCAGCCUUUAUUUCCUUUUCAAACACAGUUUCUUGAUAAAUGUUCAGCAGAACCAGUGCACUUUCCCCAGGCAAAAGGCCAAUUUGAAACUGACAGAUACUCUUUUGCUCCCUCUUUCUCUGCCCAAAUUCACCAUCCUCAGCAGGGCUUCCAUCCUUUUAGCCAAUUCAGUCACCCUUCAACUUGCCCUCCCCUCAGGUCCCACCACACUGACAUGAUUCAUUACCCACCGUCUCACAUGCUUGAAGGAGAGCCAGCAGCUCCUCGUUCAUCUUUCCCGAGCCCUGAGCAUUGGUCCUUCCCUCCUAUGAGACUGUACUAAUGUGUGGUGAAGCUCAAAAAACAAUGCAUGCUUAAUCCAUACCAUCAAUACUUAUUGUUCACAGUCGGUGAAAAUAUAGGUUAGGUGCUCACGUUUUAUUAAAAACACCGUAUCAAAUGUAGUAGCAAUAGCUGACAUCUCAAGGGUUACCUCGUUCAUUCUUUUGUCCCAUUUAUGCUGAGAUAAAGAAACACAAAAUUAUGUAUUGUUUGCAUCAUUGGAACAUUUUUUUAAUAUGCAGAACUGUACAGAUAUUUUCUUUGACACAGAUGUUAUAGGGGCAAAUUCUUUACAAAGAAAUUUAGCCAAGACUGUGCUAUUGUGAAAGCUUUUUGACAUUUUGUUGUAUCUAUGUGGCUAUAUUUAAAAACAGUGGAACACCUUUGUAUAAUUGUGCAACAAUAAAAAAGACGUGCAAUAUCUAGCAUUGCUAAAGAUCAAAUUAAACUGAGCAUAAGAUAUGA